UAUUAAAGAGGGCUUCCACUGCCUCUAUCCAUCACAGCACUUGACUCAACAAACCUGCUGCUUUCUCAUUUUGACCACCGGCUCUAUCUCAACUAAAGAAACCAAAGAUGUCUGGCAUCAUGAAGGUGUUUCUUCUCCUGGCCGUUGCAGUCUGCAUCUCUAAAGCCCAGCUGAACGAACCAGGACAGAGCUGUCUUUGUCAGCGUGUCAGAAACGGCGUCUUCUCAAAGAGUGACAUAAGGGACAUCCAGAUUUACCCUGCAACUAUCUUCUGUGACAAAGUAGAGAUUGUUGUGACCAGUGCAAACGGCCGCUACUGUCUGAACCCUGAACUUCAAAUUGUGAAAAAGAUGCUUACCAGAGUCUUGAGGAGAAAGGCCACCUCCACUUCCAAGCCCACCAAUCUCAGUAGCAGCUCAGUCAGCAGCAGCAGCACCACAGCUCAGAUCUGAUUCUCCACGUUGAGCAAGAACCUCCCCUCACCUCCAGCAACAAAUGCACCUUCA